CCCAGUCCUCCUCCCGCAUCCCUGUCUCCUCCCCCUUCCUACAAAAAAAUCGCUCGCCAUCGUCCCUCCAUCCCUCCCCCCUCAUCCUGCAGAUCACCGUAUUGGUCGCUGGGAUGGAGCGACUGCGCUCCAGCGAGCGGUGAGCGCAUAAUCAUGCGUUUGGUCUCUGCGAGUGUGGGAUGCUGUACAAGUCCUCUGCAUACAAGUGGACAGGUGUAACGCGCCGUGCUGAGAGGGGGGUUUAACGAAAGAACGAAAACGCCCAAACACUGUGAUAUAUCACCUAUAAAAAAGAAAGAAAAAAAAAAAGACAACCACUGCUGCUUCUGCUGCUCGGUAUCCGCAGCCGUGGAGGGCUUUCCCCCCUUCCGCUGUAAUAUUUAUGACAAAACGGAGGCAAAUUAUUCUGGUCACGUUUCUGGCUGACAGCCGGCUGUCCUGGAGAGCGCUGGAGUGAAUCCGGGUCCAGUGUUGGAGGUAUAGCGCAGCGCACCGACACCUGCAGUAGGAUGUAAAGGGAAUUCCCACUCACCAAACUGGUAAGUUUAACACUCAAAUAUACCUCUUUUCACCUCUUUAUUCCCAGAAUGUAUCUAAAUCAUGUUUUUCAUUUUGUCAUUACUAAAUUGGUAAUUCAGGUAUCUUCAUUUACUUGGGAGCGAUUUUACCUCUCUUAAAAGAAAACGGUCUGGUGCAAAAUGAAACGCAUGUUGGGCUGGACAGUCAAAACCUGUUUGGAGCCUGGACAAGAGGUGACAGUAACAAAAGACCUGCAUGUCAAACCAGGACUCAUGAGGGGCCAGAAAACAACCUCCGGGCUACUGGUUUUAGUCGCUUGCUUGCAUUUUUCUUGUUGAGAUGUAUAUGCGCCUGAGAGCUUAAGAAAAAAAUCUGUUUCUGACCAUUUUUGAAUGUUGGAAUUGUACUCUAACAAUCAGGAAACAUUAGCACCAGAAAGUAAAACAAAUUUCACAUCUGUGCUUGCUUUGAUCCAGUAAAGCUCAUUGUAAUCUCAAUCCUCCAAGACUCCCAUUUCUAAGGGACCCUCAGUAACUGUUGAUGUGUUCCAGUCACAUGGAUGCGCCACGCUUGACACGCAGGUGGCCCGUCUGGACGUUUUUAAGAGUAAUGCUCCAAUUAGCUACAAAUGUGUGGACUUAAAAUUUCGUAGUUACAUAUGGCACAUGAUCAGUCAGUUUUAAACUAGCAGAAUCCCAUGAGAGCAGUAGGAUUUCAGGGCUGCUUGCAUUUGUUUACCUCUAUCACUAUGAUGGCGAAACAGCCAGUAAUCGAAAUCUACUCGUGAAAAGCUUGACAGGACAUCUGCAUUUUCUCUGGCUGACUUUUAAGUGCACGUUAAUCCUUAAUGUGAAUGUUGGUUUGACACAGCAACAAAGUGUUCAUGGAGCUCUCUUUUCCCUCCAAUGAAAAUUACGCGAUGUUUUGGACAUCUUUGCGCACACGUGAAUAAUCCUCCUGUCUUAUCGCGCCAUGACUACACAGUUUCGAUCCUUGUUCUCUUGUUGUAGUAACAUGCUGGUUGAAAUGUGAUAAGGUGGGUCCUGCUGCUGUACAGUAGGAGAUUUUUUUUCCUAUCAUGUUAUUGGAGACAGGUUUUUAAGAUCAAGUGCUGCAAAACAUAAAAAGCUUUAGACAGGAAGUGUUUGAGGGAGAGUGUCAAAGUUUUUGCCUUUUAGCAUUCUUGAGUCAUCUUCUUUGUUUGCCCACAUUUCUUAAGAGCUCUCUAGUGCUCACUGGACUGCCCUUUAACACUCAAUAUUCUCUCUCAGAUGGUUAUUUUCACAUACUUCCUAAGUUUUAAUUCAACUUGGCCUUCCUACUGAUACAGUGCUAUUGCUUGGUUAUGUAAUUUGGAAUCAUGGAUGUUAUCUGAUGAUUUAAGGCAUGUAUAAAGUGUUAAAAAUGCAGCUCAAAAGGAGAAGAAAGCAGCAACAUUUUCUGAAACAAUAACCGCUUUUAUACUAAAAGUCUUUGCUGACACUGCAUUGAAACAUCUCAUCUAGAAGUGAGUUCCUCAAAGGUCCUGACUAGUUGAUAUGAACUGCCUAACUGCCUCUCUGUGAAUAGUUCACCUCUAAAUGAACUACUUUGAUGAGAGCACAAACAGGCAGAAGAUUAAAACACGAGUUGAAGGCGAGCUCUGCUGUGUGUGUUCAAGCACACGUGUUUGUUUCCAUGAAUUCUCCCUGCUGCCAAUCCCAAAGGGACGAUUGUUUUAACAUAUUUCCCGUUUCCAUUCACUCUCACUGGCUGAGGCAGCUUGUGUGUUUGCUUUGCAUGUGGGUCAUUGUGUGUUGUGUGCAUCUGUGUGCAUGUAUUUAUAGAGAGGCUUUGAUGCUGCUGGUGGGGAAAUAUUCCACCACACGUGUCACUCUCAGACUCUGUAGCUUCUGAGGUGGGCUAUCAUCGUAUGGUUUCAGGAGUGCUUCAGGUGUCUGGUAUAACAAGUUGGUUGAAAGGCCUUGUUUACCUUUAAGAGCACUGAAGUGGAGCUGGUCAGUCUUGUUGAGGUGAUUAUAGGACAUCAACAGUGUAGGAAGAUUUAUGUAAGAGCCUCUCCAUUUUCAUGAGAAGUACCAAUAAACCCCCCUGCCUGUGUUAAUUUGUAUUCUUUUGGUUUGAAUUAUGUAUUUACAGCAGAUUAUUUAGAAUGACUAAGAAUGUGUUUUAGGAUUUCUUUCAUUUAGUAUUUUGUCUAUAAUCCAUUUUUACUGGAUCUUUAAACAAACGGUAUAAAAAUAGCUGGACUGCUUUUGAAUGAACAAGUCACAGUGGACACAAUCACAUUUAGUGCUGUAAAAGCUUUAAACAACAGGCUUCAAUGAGAACUAAUGAAUUCAAACAGUGACUUUUUUCUGCCUUAGCAGAACAAUACGCUAACUGGCUGCUCUUUCAAUCCUCCCUGCAAUUGAAACAAUUGGUAGAUGUUAAAUCCAAUCAAGAUGGAAACAUGAAGCAUACACAUGUUUUGGAAAAGUAAUUCUAAACUGUAGUCACAAAAAGUAUAAACACAAUACACAUCAGCCUUUUUCUUAUUGAUAUAUCUAUUACUCAUGCUGAAGAUUGCAUUUCCUUUUUCUCCGCACACCCGUGUUCACGGUGUGUUUAUACGAGCACACUGCACUCAGCUCCACAACUUCAUGAUAAUGAAUGUCUUCUUCAAAGGGACAUACAGAGCUGAAACUGAGGGGACUGAGGCAGGAGGACGGUGGGGAAAAUAUAAGACACAACAGGAAAAAAAAAAAAAAAAAAGAGAAAACAGUGGAUGAUAAAUCACUGGAGAGAGAGGGUGGAGUGACCAGGAUCAAAUAGACUAUCAAGAAGAUGGAGACAGGGAGGAGAGGACCUGUAAACAAGGAUUUUAUAGACUCAAGGUGGACAACCAUCAAUAUUUAACUGUAGUACAGUUGCUGUCUAGCAUAUUUAUUGUGUAUUAGUUAUACUCCAAUGUAAUCACAUGUAUAUUAAAAUGAUACAAACACGUCUGCUUCAUUAGUCAGCAGCUAACUGGUAUCAGCUCUAGGUGUGUAACUAUCUCAUUUACUUCUCCCCUCCUGGUUUCUUAUGAAGCCUCUUAAAGUGAGUAUGGUAAAUGAGGCUUUGGAUAUUUAGCUUUAUUUAUGUGUAUGUGUUAGUCCACCAUCCCUCAGGUUAGCCUCUGCCUAUCAUUAGCUCUGAGAGCACAGAUGCCUGCAGUGGUGCUCUCCUCUUUCUUGGCCAAUGAUGUCCUGUCUGCGGGAGAUAAAUGGCAUUAAUUGAGCACUAAUUGCCUUCUGGAGUGAAAUAACUUAAUCAUUUUAACCUGCUGCAGACAACUCCAGUCUUUCUUUUUCUUGUACCUAAUCAGACCUCUUACAUCUCAGCUUUUACUCCGUUGCUGUCAAAUCUAUUUAGGAAGCUUUCUCGCCACCUCAUCUACUCCUUGUCCAAUAACCCAUGAGCACUGAGCAGAAAUCUCAUGAAGACAGACUUUAAAAAGAGGGAUCCUGUCCUCCCUGCUGGCUCUGAUCUGCUGAACAAAGGUUUGAUUCAAUUAAAAGUGAAAGGGAACACUACACUUGGUCGAAACUGCCCUUGUUCAGAGUUUCAUCCUCAUGCCUCAUGAAGGUAUCCUGUGGAGUUUUAGACCGCUGCUCUGGAGAAAUGUUUUAUAAGUGGUCCUCUGUUGAGUUUCUCCCUAUGCUCAUUCAUAAAGACAAUGUGUUUCACUUCCUUUUCAACAAAAAACUGACAGUGAUCUCCCAGUUUCUGUAAAGUACACACUCAUACAUGGUUAGAUGGAGUGUCACAGUAUUACAGUAAGGGAAACUUGAAGGGCUCUUAUCAUAGAGAUUAACGCAGGGAUACUUUUCACUUCAAGUUUCUGUUUUGGGUUUGUUAAGUUUUUUUUUUUUUUAAUUUUUUGAUUAAGCACAGCCAAACCUUCAGCUUUACUUAAAAAUAACACAAAAAAGACCAUCAUGGUUUUAUGACAGAAUUACAGUGAAGACGUGCACCCCAGCUACGCUGAUCCCAUUUUGGACUCUCAAUGCUGUUUGGACUUUUCUUUGAAGAAGCUUGAAGCUAAUGUAUGUACAUAAGGCACAAAACGGAAAGGCUUAUUUAGAUAUUUGUCUGCAAAAAACCCUGCAAAACUAAAUAAAUAAAUAAAAUACAAUUCAAUUUGGAAGCAUGUCCAGACUUUUUUUAAAAAAUGGGGCAACAGAUGUAUCCCACUGAGCAUUUUUUAGUCCAAAAGAGGUCUAAUAAACGUGUAAAUGUAGCCUAGAUCAAUGGUCUAAAAUCAGGCUACCACAGGUCUAAAGCUGAAAGUUUUUUAGACAUCUAAAUUUAGAUCAAGUUUAGACUAGCCGGCUAACAGAGGUCUAACUGUAUAUUGUUCAACGGCUAUCAUCAUUUUUUUGGUUAAGUACUUGGAGAUCAGUUAUGCAACUCACAGUUGCUUUUUGAAAUAAAUAGUUAUCGAAUAAUGGGUUAAAGUGCAACGUCUAAAUUCUGUCUAAAAAUAUACAGAAUCUAGACGGUUGAAAUUAGGUCUAAAUACAGACUAGAUGUCUAAUGGUCAUCUAUUGCUCAGUGGAAUUGUAUGCACACCCACACAAAAUAAUAGCAUUGACCCCAUCUCUCCUCACUACCUAUGUAAGUUUCUACUAUUAUGGUGCCACACCACUGUCAUAUUGCUGUUUUUAAUUUUCUAUAUUUUAAACAAAUUUUAGGUGCAGAAAAGAGAAACUGUGCUGAAGCAAAAAGCCAGUCACGGUCGACAGUUUUUAGGGUGGUACCAUGGAUGGCUAACUACAGUUCAAGGGGGUGCAGUGCCACCCCUGGGUAACUCUUGAAAUGUGCUCCUGGGUGUCAGGCUCUGAGUAUUUAAGCAAUCAUAACUAUUCAGAACCUGGACUUCACAGUCAACAAGAAAAAUGAUCUGUCCAGGAGACUAAGUACCAAACUGAUGUUCUUCACAAUAACUACUCAAGAAUUAAAUGAACCACAAGGGACCUGGCACAACUGUUUUUGAUUAGGAAUCCCUGGAGCAACUCUUUAGAUGUGGCAGAUUUUUUUUAGAUUGUUUUAAUUUAACUCCAGGGACGCACUAGGGAUUUUGCAGCGGUUUUCUGCUAAUAUCGCUUUAGGUUUCAUGAAAUAAAAGACGGCAUAAUUAAAAUCUGUGCAGUUAAGACCAAGAUUUUUAGCCACUUUCGAUGGUCAGAUUUAAGAAGAACAACAACAUCAACAAAGAUGAAUCCCACAUUUUUGGUGUGACCUUCCUUGUCUGCUAACGUCUCUCAAACUCUUAAACCCCCUUUCAGAUAAUCCUUAUUACAUAAUCAGUCUAUUUUUUCCAGGCUUCAGAAAGCUUUCUCCAGAGCCACAGCAGACACUAUAAGACACUUUAAGUUAUUUUCAUGAACUGAAUGAAACUCCCUCCUAACAAGUAAACUGGUUUCUCCAGAGGGAAACGGGAGCUGUGCAACUUGAAUUUAAAAAAAAGGCAUUGAAAGAAGAACAGAUAAGAACUUCCAUCAUUUUGAGUCAACACAUUCUGUUUGUUUGAGAUAUUACGAGUUUGUGUAUGUGUUUGUGCAUUCACAUGAUUGCAUGUCUGUGCAUGUGGGCAUGGGUCACAGCCUUUACUCAGUCAGGCUUGUUAUCACACAAACAGCUGCUGGUCUGGUGCUUUGUCACCAGAGAGGCACUGAAGCGACCACAGAAGCCGCUCUGUGACUCGACUGUUUAUUCACAACACUCCCAACACAAAUCAAAUCAACACAGAAAAGGCUACUGUAGUGACUGUUAGUGGACAAUCUGUUGACUGCCGAAAGUGAGUGUUUUCAUCAUCAAAAGAUGGACAGAGACAUUGAUAGACAUAACUGAUCACUGAAGGAAACACAAGGAAAUCUGGAGGUGUAAUAGGGAUAAAGUGAAGCUACAACUCCUCUCAGUUAUAUUGUCUGAUCAUUAUCACCAAUCACGGCUAUUCUGUUUGACUUGGCCAGUGAACAGCUUUUAUAACUGCUGAUUUACGAAACCAACUCCACUUGUUUUAACUCCGUCUUCCUGGAUUUCUGCAGAUUUCCCAUCUGAUUGUGAUUUCUUCUUGUGUUAAAGAACUCUGAUUGCGCUACGUCCGUGAUUACCCAUUGAUGGGUGGUGCAGGUAAUAACAAAAUGACAGGCUUUAGACAUCAUAGCAUGGUAUAAGACACCAAGUAGUGUCUUUACAAAUGGUGGUGCGAAUUGAAAUUCAUCGAACAGGCGGUCAGGUAAUAAUGAUGCCUCACACCCUGUGGACCAGAUCUGUCUUGAAACCAAUGUCUCCUUUCUGUGGAGAGCAGUUUCUACAGAUUGUAUGUUCCCAGGUUAUAGAUUAACCUGCUCCCUAUAGCUUUGUUAUUAAUGUUGUGCUAGCAGCCUGUCAGAACUGUGUGGGGAGACAUAUGAGUCUUGAUUCCAUUUACAAGAUUUCUUUCCAUACUGAUAGGAAUCUGUGAGGGGCUACUUAUGCUGUUGCAUCAUAAAACGUUACCCCCAAAAAUCACAGGACAAUCCUUUCAGACAAUCCAGAGGGAUUAGACAAAGAUAUCUCACCAUGUUUAAGUAAAGAGCCAUGAGUUUGAGAUAAGAUGGAUGGUGUGAAGGGGAGGGGAGGCUGUGCAUCUGGGACUUUUCAAAAGAGAGAUGGAUAGAGCUAGUGAGCAGGGAACAAACAUUCCCCUCCAGCGAGCACACAGCUCAGCAUCCAUCUGCACGCCCCUAAGCCUCUCUGCCAUCCAUCACUCCCUCACUGCACCUACCUCCCGCUUUCAUCUUACCUCCUGUUACCAAGCAGUCCCCUUUUUUCAUGAACUUGUCUUGGGCAAAAGUAUGGAUGGGAUUCAGCACUUUCUUAAGCACACACGAUGUCAUUCACUUCAGUCGGCAAUUCAUCCUCCACUGCGUCUGCGGCGAGCAUACGGGCGAGAGAGUGUGCAGAGACGUGGGCUGGCAGUGAGUGGCCUUGUGGGCGGCUGUAUGACAGUUAGGGAUACAUCGCAAACUACAUGGUGUUAUUGAGUCUUCAGCAGAUUUGGCAUGAGUAAUGAUAAACCAUAUUAAAAUUUUACAGCCCCAAGUGUUGCUUGGCCUCACAUCAGGGGGGAGCAGUGUCGGUUUAAAAUCUGUUAGUCUCUCUUGUAACAAGCGUUCAGUAUUUCAGUAUUAAAUUUGUCGGAUGCUCGCUCUUUCAAACUGCAUUUCUCCCCAAGUUCUUGAAGGUUAAUGGAUCAGAAACGUUCGGUAGAUGUGAUGUUGUUGCUCUCACUGAGUAACUUGUGUUGUUGGCCAGGCCGAGCUGGUUUUCUGGGAGCCUGCCAGGGAUGCUGCUGCCCAGCUGGUGGUUGCUUGCUGUUAGCGCUGCUGGAGGAAUUGAGUGGGAAAAUUAAGCCUUUGAUCGAUUGUCUCGCUGCGGACAUUAGGAAUACCUAAGACAGCCAUGAGUCAGCGUGCUGCAUGCGCCAUCAUCCUGUUUGCUCUCUUCCCUUCCCUUUUUUUCUCCUUCACUCUCCCUUCAUUCCUGUCGCUCCCUUCUGUAUCCCUUUCUUCCCCAAAUGUCAACCUUUGGGUGUCAAUUCCAUAGAAUCAAAAGGGCAAAGGCUUUUUUCUUGUCCCAACAUGUGACACUGACAUUUUACUGCUUAACAAGGAGAAAAGCCAUAAAAGGAGAAGCAGAUAACAAUUCCUCCAUGGGUAGUAACCUAAAAUAAACCAUAAUACAAUCCUGCUACACUCUCAUCUUUGUGCAUCUGUAGUCAGACACAAUGCCCUCUUGCAGGGGUCUCUUUUGUUAUCUGAAUAGCCAGGCCCUUCUUCCUGUCACAGCAAUUUAUUUUUCCUAUCUAUUCUUUGGGGAAAGUACAUACAGUACACAUCGACUCUGUUUCAUGUUAUCCUGAAGUAAACAGAAAUGAUGGUUCCUGUCUCUGAGGUGGAUGGAAGCACAAAAGCUCUGAGUCUUUGGAUGAUCCCAAGCUGCUGAAUACAAACCACAGCAGCAGGUAUAGUUGUAAAAAAUAAGAACUCUAACGCCGACCAAUGAGCUGCGUACUCAACUUCGAAGGGUUGUUUUCCACUAAACAGACUUUUCAUAUUAGAAUGAGAUGGUUAAGGGAUAUUCCGGCGUAAAAUUUAUUUAGAGUCAAACACACUGUAACACCAAGUUAGACACCCCCCCGAGAGAUGAAUGAUGCCGACCGCUUGCUUCUUUAGUUAUACCAACUCUAGUAACGACCGCAGGAUAGCAAUGCACAGCAGUCUAAGGAGCCAUAGACAAACCUCAACCAAAAAGCUACUCUAUAGCCACAAAUAAUGCUCAGAACAGCACCUAACUUUCAAUUCAGUUCAAUUCAAUUCCUGAAACGGACGGGGAGCCAAUGCAGCAAUGCUAAAACUGGCGUUAUAUGCUCUCGCCCUCUGGCCCUUGUCAGCACACUUGCAGCUGAAUUCUGUAAAAGCUGAAGUGUAUGUAAGUUCUUCUUGGGGAGGCCAGAGAGCAGGGCGUUACAUUAAUCUAAACGUGAGGAGAUAAAAGCAUGCAUCAGCACCUCCGUGCUGGCCUGAGAGAGAAACAGGUGGACUCUGGCUAUAUUUUUAAGGUGGUAAAAACCUACCUUUGCUAUGUUUUUGAUGUGUGGAAUUAAACUGAGCUCAGAGUCGAAAUUGAGCCCAGGUUUUUUAUAGAUGUUGAUACUUUAAAGUCUUGUCUUUUUGGUAAAAGUGUCUCUCUCAGGCCUUCAGGACCAAUAACUAAAACCUCUGUUUUAUCCUGGUUGAGCUGCAGGAAGUUGGCUGCCUUCCAGGACUUAAUGUCUAAAAUGCAAUUUAAAAGGGCGUCAAUUGGCCCGCUAUCAUCAGGAGACACGGCCAUGUACAGUUGUGUAUCACCAGCAUAGCUGUGGAAGUUGAUGCCGUGCCUCCUGAUGAUGUCCCCCAGGGGAAGCAUGUAAAGAUUAAAAAGAGUUGGACCUAAAAUUGACCCCUGGGGAACCCCACACAUAAUUUUUGGGGUUCGUGAGGAACAUGUAUCCAUACUUACUAAGAAGUGUCAAUCAGUGAGAUAAGAGGUGAACCAGUUAAAAACAGUGCCUGAGAGGCCGACCAGGUGCUUAAGUCUAUUUAAUAAAAUGUGAUGGUCUACUGUAGUACUCAAAGGCGGCGGUUAGAUCCAGCAGGACUAAGACUGUGAGGUCGCGAUUAUCUAAAUUGCACCUGAUGUCAUUCAGAAUUUUUAAAAGGGCUGUCUCAGUACUGUGGUUCCUCCUAAAACCCGAUUGGCACUUCUCUUAAAUGCUCUUUGUAUUUGAAAAAAUCAUUUACUUGUUGAAGAACAAGUUUUUCCAAGAUUUUACUUAAAAAUGGUAAGUUGGAUACAGGUUGGUAAUUGUUAAAAAUCUUGGGGUCCAGAUUGCUCUUCUUCAGAAGAGGCCUCACCAGCGCCGUUCCUUGACACAGCUCAAGGAAGAACAUUUACAAUCAUUUCUUCAAACAAGAUGCAAAGGCAGAAAAACUAUUGCGUCUCCAGUGCAAAAUGAUUAAUAUGACGAUUAUUACUUUAAGGAAAUGAUAAAGUAAUGAUCAUAAAUAUUCUUCCUUUAGCUGCGUCACCCCGCUGUAGUCUGUAAUGGACUGGCCUGAGGUCUCACUACAAACAAGUGGCUGCUGGAAGAGAGUAGGUGAGUUGUGUUUGGUCUCUUUGCUAAAGAAAUUAGUCAAAGUUAAAAAGAUGUUUGGUGGCUACUAGUACUAUGGCUAGGACCCUAUAUGUCCUGUUGAUGAAGUUAGGUGCUGUUCUGAGUAUUAUUUGUGGCUAUAGAGUGGUGUUUUGGUUGAGGUUUGUGUGUGGGUUCUCAGACCGCUGUGUAUUGCUAUCGUGCGGUAGUUACUAAAGUUGGUAUAACUAGAGAAGCAAGCGAUCGGCAACAUUCAUAUCUCGAGGGGGUGUCUAACUCGGUGUUAUGGUGUGUAUGACCCUAGAUUAAUUUUACGCCGGAAUAUCCCUUUAAUAUAAGAAAUCAACCCUAGAAUCAGAACACAGUGAUUCAGCUGGUCUUCUUUUUGUGGAAAGUUGCUACACUUUUAAAGAUAUGCAUCCUAAGCACAUAAAGUUUUAGAGAGGGCACAGGCUUACGUUUAAAUAAUUAGCAAACUUAAGUCUCACGUGUACCGACCACAUUAAAAUUACCCAGGACUGAGGCGAAAGCCGUUGAGUGCCCUCAGGCCUGCUGCUGGAUCAGCAUUUCUCAGCACGCAGCAGCAGCAGCAGGAUGGACAGCAGUCAUUACACAAAGGGCCAGAUUUAAUAGACCCUUUUCUGCUUCAGUUCAGACAUGCUGGGAGUCGUGUGUGUACCGUUUAUCGGACAGGUGCACUGGCCUGGAAGUGCAGUUGUCAUCUUAGGUGAAAGGAGGGAAGUUUGCCUCUGUCCACCAAGGCAGGAUCCCUGGAAUGACAUUAUGAAACAUUUAAAAAUUCAUGUAGUUAUAAGUUUUUAGCUGAACUCUCCUCCCUUAAGGAUUAAGAGAGAAACUGUAUUACUUACAAAUAACUCAAUAUCUGGAAAACCCAUGCAGAUAUAAGGCUAGAAAAAUAGUUUAUAGAAUGGGACUGUGUUUCAACACAUUUCAACGUUGUCGCAGACCUGAAUCCAAAAUUGUUCCAUUGGUACAGACAUUGUUGUUAACAGAGACACAUGUACAUUGCACAUACUCACAUUGUGACUUCAAUCAGAUUAACUGUGCAGUAGCCUGGAGCGCCACUAGCCAAGCUGCCUAUAUAUCCCCCAUAUGCAUAGGUUAUACUGCGAACAGUCAGUCUGGUUUUGCUUCCAGCUUGUGGUUCUUUUCCCACAUGGCACACCACACUCUCUCCCUGUUUCUUGCUCUGUCCACUGCCUGUCCCCUCCAAAUGAAGGCAACAAAACCUGAAAAUAAAUCUUCAAGAAAAAAAUAUGUAGUAGCCUGCUACCUUCAAAGGGAAAAAAAAAACGAUGUUUAAAGAAACUGAAGACAUAAUGAACAUCAUUCAACAGACUGGUGUUAUGUAGAGCUGUGUGAAAUACGCCAGGCUCAAUUUAGACUCAAGUCUUUCUUACCUUUAAACUAGUUGGUUAGUUGCAGCCACUUUGAAACGUCCUCACUGGUAACAUUUAACAUUUUUCUAACAAGAUAUACCUCAAAUAAAGACAAACAUAAUGAAUUGUCUCAAACCAUGUUGUUUAAGGACACAAUUUGGGCCAAGAACCCGUUAACUGCUUGUCUUUGUGAUGGACAGAAGUAAUUUAGCCUCUGGCAUGGAUUGUUCUGUCAGAAGGAAUAGCUUGUGAAUGUCUGUGCACAUUCACAAGAGCAUGCAAGAAGCACAAGCAAAGGCAAAAUUAGAGAAGAAGGUAAACUGAACUUUUCACACAGAGAGCAUGCACCUUCUGAUAUGGCGAAAAGGUACUUGACAACCUGUCAUCUUCAACCAGACACCUAUAAUAACCCUGGCCGCCAGGUCUAGGACCCUUUGCAGUCUCAGACUAUGUCAGCUUGUUGUUUUGGAGCAAAGCACAGAAGGUACAACAACAGAGAAUGAGGAUUUCAUGAAAUCAGUUCUUAAGCUUGAAUGAGACCUUGAGUAACAUGGAAGGUAUUUGUUUACAUCCUAAUACAACAUGUCAGCUGUGGUUGUUCAGGUGGAGAACAGACAUCCAUCUUAGGUGUUGCUGUCAUUACCAAUACUGAAUAAACCGCUUGAUAUGAGUGAUGUUUGCCCUAUUUAUUCAUGGAGAUGCUUGGCAUACAGGUACAGCAUCACCACUUUGAUGAACCAUUUGCAAAACUGCAUUAAUCCUAGGUUAGUGACUUUCUGAUAAGAUUUUAGAAAAGAAAAGAAAAUCCAUUAGGGGGCCUUUAUGCAAAAGUAGCAAGUACAAAGAACAUUUAUUCAUUCAUUCAUAUUUGUGAGUCUGAAGUGUUUACCACUUAAGAGGAGCUGUCAUGAAAAUUCACGCUUGAGAUACUGUCUGGGUUAUUUCCUUAUGUAUUAUUGCCGUAACAGGAAUUGUAUCUGCCAGGCCCCCUUUCCCUCUGUCUGACUUUUCAAUGACACCUCAGGGGGGUAUAAUUUAGGUUCACCUUGUUCUCAGCAAUUGUCUGUUGCAACAUAUAACUUUGAGGUGCAUCAACUUGCACAGACGCACUGGCUGGUUGUGCCAAGCAUGACACGAUAUGAUCAGGCACAAUGUACAUACAGGAAUCAAUCAUUAUUCCAUGAGACUGACACAGACCCCACUGCAGCUUCAUUAACAGUUACCAGGACCACAAGUUAUUUAUAAUAAAUCCUUAAGUGAAAAUGAGUCCAAGUUUUUACACCUGUCAUUGUGAUCAUUGAAAAGAGACCCACGGUUCACUACCCUGCCUACACAUUUUAAUUUACCGAUCCCCUCCUGUGCUGCAAACAAGAAAAUAUUAUGACUUUUCUUUACCAUAGGCCAGACAACUUUUCAUGCAAAAGGACUGUGACAUUUUGUCUCAACUCUAAACCUCAUGCUAACACUUUCCUACUGUUUGUCUGUGGCACUUCAUAUCUCUUACCCGUUCAUCACACACAGUACUAAGUAUCCAUUAUCACACCACUGAUUAUGGCUCAUUGUUUUUCUUAGUCAUAGAAUAGCAUAAAUUAGUCUUGUUGAAAGCUUUUCAGCCUGCUCGUUUCACCAGCACACACUCAUCCCCUUAUAAUCAUUGGCAUGACUAUUAAGUGAAACAGAUGAGGGCUUGUUGUUUGAUGUGACUGAUCAAAUCUAAGACACCGCCAUAAAUAAAAUAAUGAUAAUAAUAAAAAAAAACUCUCUUUUGAUUUUACAUUAUCUGUGAUUGUAAAAAUUAGAUCAAUUUAAUGCUUUUGUCAAUCAUGGUUGUAUCCCCUCAGCCAGUUCCUGACAUUCAUUUACACUAGUGUUUCAAAAAGCACUUACAUGGUUUGGAAAUGCACUUUGGUUGACGUAGUAUUGACAUGUCAGCUGACUCUGUGAUGAGCGAAGGUGAUUGACUUGUUAAUAUUAAGUGUUUUUUUUGUUUGUGCCAUGAUUCUCAGAAGCACAACUAUGUCGAACACGUCCUAUGAAAGCUUGACUUGACACCUAUCUCUAUGGCGCAUUAUAAAUAUACAGUAUGUAUUAUGUUUUAUAAUCACGUUAUAGAACUGUAUAACUAUAGUUAUAAACACUCAUAAAUUAUCAUAAUGCUGUAUAGCAAUAAUCACAAGACAUUAUAAAGCAUUUUAUCAUGACUUGCAAGGUCAGGUAUUAUAAUGUGUUAUAACUGUUAACAACUUGCUGACAAUGCCCAAAUAGAUAAUGCAAUGCAACUGUUGUUAACAGUUAUAACACAUUAUAAUACCUGACCUUGUAAGUCAUGAUAAAAUGCUUUAUACACUCAUAAACGAUGCAUUGUGAUCGUUUAUGAGUGUUUAUAACUAUACUUAUACAGUGCUAUAACAUGAUCAUAACGCAUAAUACAUAUAUUUAUAAUGCGUUAUAGAGAUAGGUGUCACAUAAAGUGUUACCAAAACUAUUGAUUUGGAUGAAAUUAUUAGAAGGUCACAGCCCACUGAAUACUUUGGUAGUUGGUAUAAACAUUCUCAAAAACAGGAAAAAUCCAUAUUUAAUUGUUUUGAUUCUCAGGACUAUGUUUGUGGAAUCAGCUGAUUGUGCUGUAAUUGUGUAUCCCUAAGAAAACGUGUUAUUGUGAGAUUAACCCUUUUCAAUAUUUUAGAGACUGGGUACUGCCAAAAUACCCAAAUAUUUUCAAGCACUAUUUUGUUUAUUUUAUCUUAUUUAUUUUACUUUGACCUGAGUUGGAGUAAACAGCACACCCAUCCUUUGUUAGUGCAGUUAGAAUUAAAGGAGGGAAUAAAUCUUAAGUGCUUGCAACUACUUUAGGCAGUGCUUAAAAUAAGACCACAGGUACCCACGAGAGGAUGAGCUAGGGACUAUGUUUUCGUGCUCCCUUACCUCAGGCUUGUUAAAUUGGCAGAUCAAUGAUGCUUUAAAUCUAUGUUCCAGCAACACCGCAAACCCCAUGGAUUUCAUUAGUGGAUUAAGAUAGACCACUGGUCCACACUGAGUCCUGUUCUGCCCGGAGGUCUUUUCCACAUGACAAAUGGGAGGAAAAACUGUGAAAUAACACAAAGAGAAAAGGUCAAAUGAGAGGGUGUGAGGAGGAGCCGUGGCAGAGAAAAGGUUGACAGCAGAGGCUGGGGUCAGUGCUGUUGGUGAGGACACACCUGUAGCUAUUCAUUCAGAGACCAGUGGAACAGAUUUUUCUCACUGUAUUUUAACCAAGGGUCUUACUUAAUCAACAAACGCUUGGCAUAAUUCUUUCAUUCGCACAAGAGACCCUCCAACCAGCCAUGAAUAACAUGGUCUUCAUGCAAAAUAGUCUGUCUCAACCAGUAAGCUGAAAAGGAAACAGAGUGAGAACGGGUGUAGGAGAGCAGAUGAAAAAGAGAGGGUGUUGGGAGAAGAUGCUGGGGGGAGCCGGUCUUCCUCUGAUAGCUUUGUUUAUGUGCCACUGUCUGUGGAUCAUUGAUCCAUUCAUCUUCAUUACAGCUCCCUGUGAGAACUAUUAACUGCUGCCAUCCUCAGUUGGGUGCCGGCUAUGUUGACAUGCAGUGCACAGUCUCCCCACCAGCCAACCAAUGUCCCUGCCACCUCUUCUUUUUCAAGGUAGAGGCUGACUGGUUAGUGCUGCUCGUGGGAAAUGAAAGGCAAAGAAUCUGACAGGAUAUCUUUAAAAGAGGUGUUAAGUAGAUUUGUACAGCUGCUAAUUGCAUUGAUGACAUGGUUAAAAGAUCAUGGAGGAACAUGCACUGGGAGGCAGAAGCUGAUACGCAUAUGCAUAAUGCACAUAGCACAGUAAUGGGAAAUAAGUGGGUAUGCUCAUUAAUGCACAGAUUCAGAACCAUAAUUUAUCAAAACCUGCAAAUACCAACUUGUCUCUAGUUGGUAUUUGAUGAUAAAACACUAACAGUGAUAAAAAAGACUCUUUUCUGCCAAUCAUAUGAAUAUCUCUGUAUAAACUGGUAUGAAAGGGGUAUGCAACCAAUACCUUAGAAAAAGUAUCUCUAGGAAAAAAAGAGGUAUCAUGUCUUUCUAUACAGGUUAGGCAGGUUGUAUAUUACUCAUGGUUUUACAUAGCUCACCCAGCAAACUUUGCUUUUGACCCAUGAAACAUGACAAUAAAUCAUUCACCCACUCAUGCUCAAGAGGUGCUUGGUUACACUUUGUUAAGAGGAUUCAGCAUAGUGCAUAAACUUUAAGCAGUCAGGAAAUAAAUCCCUGGUGAUUUGUUAAACUGUGUUGACUGCUCGGGUUCAUGCUGAGUCUCUGCUUAAAGCACUCAUACCUGCAAAUGUCUCCCAAGAGAAACCCUGCUCCGAUCUCUCUCUGCGCUGUUACCAUUGUCUAUGCAAAGUAUGUUGUUAUUCAACUGCUUGAGCUCAGAGAGACAUCAUGGGUCAGCAGGAGCAGCUUGAACGACAACCCCAUGACUGCUAUUGACUGCCAAGAUCACUUUCACCUCGCUGUGUCGACUCAUAGCAUUCCUUGGCUUGUGAAAUCUGACAAGUUUAACUUGUACUUGUUGUACAGUGUUAUUUUUAAGUGAAUAUGAGAAAAAGCUGACUGAUCACAGCUUGAUCUUUCUCUGUCUCAAACUCUUUUUUUUUUCCAUCACAGAAACAACCACAGAUCUGGCCAUCCUCAUCACUGCCUCGUUCAAGCCAAAAGAAAAGGGAAAGCAGAGCAUGGUCAGGUGGAGCCGUCACUGUUGCUAUGUGUAAAGGAGUGCUGUGGCGUCAAUGGAGACCGAAGGCUACCGUGACCUCCUGGAGACCAGCGAUGGUCAGGGGGUGGGCCUGCUGGAUGGAGGGAGCGAGGUGGGGGCUGAGGAGGGCUGGAGCACACCCUAUCCUCUGGGUUUCCAGGUGUCUUUAACCACUGUAUUAAUACUGGAGCUGGUCUUGGGGUUCAGCAGCAACCUGACCGUGCUUGUGCUUUACUGUGCCCAGUCUAAUCUGGUGGAUUCAGUCAGCAACCUGGUUACAGUCAACCUCCACGUGCUGGACAUACUGGUCUGUGUGCUGUGUCUGCCACUGACUGUGGCUGUGAUCCUGCUACCGGCCAAUGGUAGUGGAGUCAGCAGUCUGGCAACACUGUGCUGUUUUCACGAAGCCUGCGUCACAUUCACAAGCGUAGCCACAGCAGUCAAUGUGCUGGUGAUCAGUUUGGACAGAUAUGACAUCUCAGUCCGUCCGGCUAGUCGCCUUCUGACCCCAAGGCGUGCUGCACUACUCCUGGCUGCAGUGUGGGCUGUGUCUCUGGCUGUUUUCUUUCUGCCUUUCCUCGAAGGGGACUUCUUCUCUUCAAGGGCUGAAGACAGAGAGGAUGAGGAGCCAGAACACCAGAAAAAUGACUCUGAUUUCACAACUGGACUGAUUCCAACAUUUCCAUCACUCUCCCCCUCUUCCUUACCGGCUAUUCAUCCGUCCUCCCCUUCACACCACCUGCCUCCCGUAUGGCAGAACAGGACACUGCUGUGUGUAGGAGGGCAGGGGUAUUACACAGGCCUGGCUAUGUAUUACCACUUGUUACUCCAAGUGCCAUGCUUUUUCAUUGCUGUGGUUGUCAUGUUAUUCACCUACUCCAGGAUUCUACAGGCCCUGAACAUUCGCAUCGGCUCUCACAUGAUGCGAGGUACACGUACCAAGGACUCCACCUGCAGGAUACGCUGCAGGAGGCAAAAGAGGAAGGACCUGAGCCUACCGACUGAAGUCGUGUCCUCAAACCAGAACCAGAACCUCAGCCAUCCUCCUCUCAUCCCCUCCCCAACUCCCACACCCACAUCACCCCCAGCAAUCUCAUCCAUGCCCCAGGGCAUGUCGGACAGUGGAGCGACUGUCACUACUGUUAGUACUGCUGCUACCACCCCCAUUGCCACCACUCCAGCUACCCCUGCCUCCCCGACUCCGGGUUCAGCCUCAACUCACACCCAAGCCACCACCCCGCUGCCAGCCUCCUCCAUGGGUGUUCAGGCUUCGGUUUCUGCUAUCAUUGCCUUGAGGAGAGCAGUACGCAGACACAGGGACCGUCGAGAACGUCAACGGCGUGUCCUCAAAAUGUCCCUGUUAAUCAUAUCCACAUUUAUUGGUUGCUGGGCCCCUCUGUCUGCAGUCAAUGUUCUGAUCCUGUGUAUGGGUCCCAGUGACGGCCUGGUGCGACUGCGCCUUUGCUUCUUGGCAAUGGCGUAUGGAACUACCAUUUUUCAUCCUCUGCUGUAUGCUUUCACCAGGCAAAAGCUGCGCCGUGCCCUCAAAACACGUGUAAAGAAAAGGGUAGUGUCCCUUCUUCAGGUGGACCCAGCUCCUAGUGGAGGGACGGUUAUUCAUAACUCCUGGGUGGAGGGGGGUCAGAGAAAGACACGUAAGCCUCGAGUAGAGGCAAGUGAUGGCACUGAUCGAUGUCUCACAGAGGCAGUGAGGGAAUGAGGCUGGUCUUGGUUUACAUGUGUGGGUGUGUGUGAAAAUAAAGAGAUGUAUGUAUCUUACCAGUCUGUCAGAGAAGGAUUAUGGAUUUAUGCGAGGAAAAUGAGAACCAGGUAGUUUACAAAGGUCAGUAAGAAUCCCCUGACCUGUGGUUCCAUGCAUAUGUGGAGACAGGUGAGUCCUGAGCUCUAAUUAGAGACCUCUUUCUGCUCUCCCUUCACAUGCCCUCGUUAGUCCUCGUCUGACCGACAAGGUAGCAAACAUAUCUCCAUGGCAACACUGGCCGAGCAUUAAGACAAAACCUUAGCCACGGCUACUGGAAAUACUAGAGUGUCCACCCCACGCGUACAGUAAGGGUUAGAUAACAGCAAAGCAUAAAUUAUUGCUCCUGUGUGCACUUUCAACUUGCAUGUGCAUGUAUAUAUGCACAGAUAAACAGACAGACAUAGACACACACAUACGAACACACACUGACACACACAGAGAAACACUUCACUCACACUGGUCAAUAUUUUGUCAUCAUUUGUGAAAGCACACCGAUAUCUACCUGCACAGAUAUUCUCAGUGAGAAUGGUGUUAAUGGAAGUCUAAGUUUCUUUUUAUUUUUUUUUUUAUAUUCUUUUUGUUCAUGCCUCAUUAAGUUAUUUAUAUAUCUCAUGGUGCUGAAUGUCCUGAUGUAUGUUUACAACAACGUAUCAGAGUAACAGUAUUCGUGCAUACUGUAAAUGGUAUGGUUAAUUGAUAGCAGGUAAAUGCAAGCAUCCAGAUUCAAAGUUUACAGGCUCAACUACCAGGAAACUGCAAAAAAAACAAAAAAAAAAACAGGUUCAGAUUUCAUUUAAGCACCAUAACAUGUGAAAGUUCAAACUUAAAGGCAUGACCUUAGUUUUAUUUAUUUAUUUUUUAAAUCAAUUUAUUCAAGGCGAGGAUGUGUGAGUUGUUUGCAUGCACGCAUGUAUGCAUACAGGGAUAUAUGAGUGUGUGUGCGACAGUGAUUAUGUGCAAUAAAUCAUGAGCAAAGCAAUGACCCCAAGGAUGUGAACUUAAACAGAAUGUGAACACAGAAAUGUUGGUUUUCUAUUAAAGGUUUGCAUAACAAGGGGAAGGGGGAAGAAAAGUCUUGUUAACAACAAAAGCAAAUUACCUGGAGCAAUUGUAACAACACAGUUAAGUGUAAUACUACUAAUAUAUUAUCACUUUGGUUUUUUUCAAGUGGAAAAACAAGGGCAACAUUUUGUAAAAUCUUCAUUAAAGGUGUGUCAUUGAAGAUAACCUAGCAUCUCUAACCGGAGAAAUCCCUAGCUCUGACCUGGGACAUUUUUUUGUGUAAGCUUUUUUAGCUCUGGAGGGCAGAGCCACUGCUUCUGACUGCACUUUGGACAACUGCAGGUGCAAACAGGCCACUGCCAGCAUCUGGAUUGAGAACUGGACAUAUUACUAUUCAUCUGUGUCUCUUUUUCUCCUCAGGACUAUGCGUCUCAUAUCCAAACUUGGUGGAAAUGAAACAAUAAACCAGCCCUCAGUCAGCAGUUGUAUAAUGGGUGUUACAUUAGGUUAAGAUUUAUGUAAGUUAGUAGUUAACAGUACACUCCAAACUUUAUACGGGAGAGCUUCUUGGGCAUUGGGAUUUCUCCUUCAUUCUCACCUCUUUUACACUUCUUGUGAGCCAGAUGGAAAACAAUAAUUCUUGUGUAAUCAUGUACAUUUUUCAGGGAUGUAAAUAUUGAAGUGUCUGUGGUGGGUUUUAGAUUUAAAAAAAAAAAAAAUCAUCACAAUCAUCUGCCGGACAGAAAAUCAGCCAUUGUGAUAAACUCUGAAUGAGUAGAAAGUUACUGUAAAGAAAAGUAAUUGUAUUUGUGUUAAUACUGUAUGUGUGUACACUGUACUGUACAAUAAUGACAAUGUGUAUAGAGAAACAUUAGUAUUGUAUAAGAUUUAUAUUACGUGUUAUUAUAUAGAACAGAAAUGAAUCUGUAUUAAAAAGAUGAUCUAUCUAAAAAACGA